UGGUAGCGCUGUAAACCAAUGUUUUUAUUUACGUUGUGUUGUGUAUGAUAGUGCAAAGAUUCUAUGUAAACAUGUAAAUAUUUUAAAAAUAUUAUUUAUAUUGGAUGUUGAUUUUAAUAAAAAGGCCACAAAAAUGAAGGCAGGAGAUCGCUUUAAAUCAUACGACGAAUUGCAAAGUGCCAUUCACGCAUAUGAAUUGCAAAAUUUCGUUUUACUCUGGAAAAGAGAUUCUAGAACGAUUGCGAAUGCUCGAACACGAAAAAAAAUUAAACCCUGCCUAAAAUACGAAGAGCUAAAAUACACGUGCAUACAUGGUGGUAAAAACUUCCACUCUAAAGGAAUGGGUAGCCGAGAAAUAAGAUCUUAUAAACAAAAAUGUCCAAUGAUGAUGCGAUUUAGAGUUUCAAGAAAUGGCAAAAGCCUCGAGGUCAAACAAAUAAUUGAAACCCAUAAUCACGAAGUAAACGAGACAUGGUUUAAAAACUAUUACCCAAAAAGAAAACUCAGAUCAGAAACAGAAACUGAGAUCCUAGACAAAUUUAAAAAUAAAUGUCAGAAAGAAAAAAUACAUUUGAAAAAAUCUAAAAAGACUGGAAAAGUAAUAAGCUUCAAAGACCUGAAAAACACCAAAGCAAAAUUAAGAAAGAGAGAAAAAAAUCUAAAGAGGCUUACUGCAAAUAUUUUAGAAAAACACGGUGGGACCGUUAGUCUGUACCGAGAUGAGAAAGGAAAUUUUAAAGGUCUCUUCAUACAAAACGAAAACAUGAAAUCAAUUGUCUCUGCGUAUCCAGAAUUUCUGGCAUGUGAUGCAACACACAAAAAGAAUAAUGUAGACCUCCCUCUGUACAUCAUGUUAACAGAAGACGGUAUCUGUCAAAGUCACAUUGUUGGCAUUGGGUUGUUGGUUUAUGAAGAUAAAUAUAGUCUUUCAUGGCUGUUUCGUACAUUUAAACAAGAGAACCCAAUCACUGCAUCCAGAUUAAAGUGGAUUAUUACAGAUAAGCACAUGACGGAACGAAACGUCAUUCGUGAAAUAUAUCCGCAUAUCUCUCUCAUUAGUUGUAUCUUUUAUGUAUUACGAACAUUUCGACGUGACAUCGUGAAAGAAAAACUAGGUAUAAAAAAUGUUGAAAUAGCGCUCAGCUUAGACUAUAUAGAGCAGUUGGCUGGCGCGCGAACGGAUGCGGUGUUUAAAAUACUAGAGGAUGAAUUCCGAGAAUCUGUGCCAAAAUCUGUUAUUGCCUACUAUGACGAGAAUUGGAAGAAUUGCCGAGAUGAAUGGAACGUAAACGAAAAUUUCAUAAAAUGUAAUUUUAUGAGUAAUACAAUCAAAAGACUAGAAAAAACAAACGGUGUCAUUCAAACAGCAGGAGAUAAGGACAGUGAUCUAGAAACUUUUAUUGACAACUUAUUUGAGACAAUUUAUCUUCUAAAUAAUAAAAAAGAACAUUCUGCAAUUCACUCAAUGCAAAAGCCAUUAUAUAACAAAUUUCCGGAAGAGAGCGAUGAGUAUAAAUUCCACAACCUCUUGACUGCACAAAGUGCUAAAUUGGUUUUAAACGAAAUUGAAUGUUCGCAGAAGGAAACAAUAACUUGCAUGGAUGAUGGUUCCAACUACUUCUCAAAAAACUCGUAUGCAACAGUAAGGGUUACAACUGAAAAAUGUACCUGCCAAUUUUACGUGGCAAUGCUCUUACCUUGUCGGCACAUCUUUGCUUUGAGAAAAAAAUUGCAAUUACCACUGUAUAGUGAGACUUUAAUAUUAGAAAGGUGGAGAAAAAACUACUACUUAAAAAGUCACAUAGCCUUCAAAGCUUAUCGAGAAAAAGAAACAGAUCGUGUAGAAUCAACCAAAUCUAUCUCAUCGGUCCCACUGUCAUUUGCAGAUAAACGAAAACAACUUCUUUCAAAAACGAAUGCACUAGCUGAGUUAGGAGCUCUGCGUUCAAAUGACCUAUUUCAAUUAAGAGAACAGGCUCUUGAAACUUUAAUAAACAUGUGGAAGAACGGAAUUGAAGUAAAAAUAAGUCCUCUUGAAGUAGUUACUACAGAAAUUAAAUUAGAAGAUUUUCCAAUGCUUCCAACAUCUACGAAUAAAAGCUAGCAAAGCCUUAAUUCCAUGUCAAAUGAUAGAUUAAUAGAAAUAGUCAUAACUGAGAAGAAGAAAAGCUAUUCCUGGAGAAACAGUACAAUAAAAAGUGAACCACGUAAAACAUUAAAUGUUCUGUAGAAUUAGAAAAUUUGCAUUAAUUUUUUAAUGUUUUUAUUAAAAAUUUUAUCAUCGGAACAUUUGAUAAAAAUGCUUGUUUUUUUAUUUUAUCACCAAAAGGUUAAUAUGUGUUUCACAGUAAUGUAUUAUAGGAAUCAUUUUACUUACAUAUAUAUUGUUAGGUACUUAUAUUGUAUUGUAUAUAUUAUAGGGACUUCUAUUUUAUUUUGAAAAUCUGGCUGAAAAAUAUCUUUACUUUGGAAUUCCAUGAGACAUUACAAAAAUUUUAAUUAUAAAAUGAAAAAUAUUGAUUAACUAAUAAUUAGCAACGACUUCUCGUAUUACUGACGUCACACCAGUUACAACAGCUGCUAUUCCUAGAAUUUUGUCCAGUUUUAUAAAUUAAAUUCAAAACGAUUUAAACAUACUGUUUAUUAAUUUCAUGCAAAGAAAAACUUAGUUUAACGGCCUCUACCAGAUGCAAUAAUUAUUUAUCCCAUUCAUGGCACAUUCAAAUUCUCUACAUAUUUUGAUAGUAAUAUGUUUCAUUUCGAUUAAUUGUAAGCCUAAAUUAAUUGAAGAUUUCAAAAAUCGAAUAAUAAUUGACUGUUGAAAAGUUAAGACUCAAAAAUUCUAAGUCUGUUCAAGUUAAACGAUAAAUCAAUUACAAUGGAAAUGAGAAGGAUUCUAAUAUUGAACAUUUGAACUUAAAUUGCAGAAUAAAAAAUGUUUUAAGCUUUCAUUACAAAAAUUUGGAAUUUAGGGAAGUGUUCUGCCUUUAUGCCUUCGACUGAUUUAAUUUGUAUCCAUUACUUACUGUAUAUAUUACUUAAAAAUACAACAUUUUGAUAUUUAAAA